AUGUCGGGUGAGUCGGGUCAGCCUCAGCCAGGACCCUCGCACGCUGGUGAGCGCCACUCGGAGCGCCACUCGGAGCUCCGGGAAACAGAUCAGGCUGGGGUUCCAGGAGGAGUGAUCCGAAGAGCUGGUGUCCAAAGGCGCAGGUCCUGGAUCCAAAAGGUUAUUGAGCAAAUAACUGGCUCCCCUAGACAGUGUGUCACCCUCUCUGAAGUGGUACCUGUCACUGUACUGGCCGUCCAAAGAUACCUUUUAGAGGAUGAGCCACGGGAUACAGUGCCCAAGCCUCCCCUUUACUGCUAUGAUGUGACAAUCUCAGACGGGGUGUACCAGGAGAAGUGCUACUUAGACCCCAGCUUAAACUUUCUAGUUUAUCAGAAUAUUCUUAAAGUUGGCAUAGAAAUGAGAAUUUCCAGAGUCUCGUGCAUUUACAAUGAGAAAAGAUUGGGCCAGGGAAUCCUGUGCAUAGAUAAGGUCCACUGUGGGGAGCCUCUAGAUGUUGUUUCUGUAGAAACUCCAUUUAGAAACAGAGCACAUGAGGAAAAGCCAGAGAGGCCUCUAAGAGGGGGCAAGAGUCACUACCUGGCUCUGUGGAAUAACGAAGAUCCGUACGGAGAUAUAUGGAAGACCAACAAGCAACCCGAGGACUUCAAUUUUAACAACACCAAAAUAAUCUCUCUGUCUCAUCUUGAGAUGACCUGGAAUAGCAGAAAGAAUUUUCCUGCCUUGCUUGUAAGGAUCCUGCAUAAGUCAAAACUAUGAUAUUAUGGGAAGCCUAAUAAAAAGAUGAUUGAGCCAUAUCAGACCUAUUUGGAGGUUGCUGACAAUUCAGGCAUGGUGUCAGUUAUUAUGUGGAAUGCUUUGUGUCCAGAGUGGUAUAAAAGUUUGAGAGUGGGCUUGAUUCUUCUGCUUCAAGAUUAUUCUGUGAAGAAGAGCUAUCCAUUAAGAAUCCAGCCUGACCCUGUGGAUCCACAGAUGAAACUAAUUUCUACAAUGGAAAUCUGCCUGAAUCUUCGAGAUCCUCCAACUAACAUAGUUAUCAUUCCAGAAAAGCAGUUGAAAUCAGAAUGGAAAUUGCCAAAACUAAUUAACCAAUUUGUCACAAGAUCAGAACUAGACGAUAUGCCAGAAAAUAGCAUCUGUGAUGUAAUUGGUGUGUUAUCCUUUGUGGGGAGGGUGCAACGGUCAAAAAAGAGAGAGAAUGGUGAAGACUUUUGGUCAUACCGCUGGAUUCACAUCACUGACGGAACUUCAGAGCAACCAUUCAUAGUGCAGCUGUUUUCCACAUCACAGCCAGAAGUCUUUGAAAAUAUUUACCCAAUGACAUAUUUCAUGUGUACCCAGUUGAAAGUUGUGAGAAAUAACAGUCAAGUACCUAAGCUGCUUUAUCUCACCACUACAAAUGAAAGCAGAGUGCUUAUUACUGGAGGUCAUAGAGGCAAGUAUACAUACGAUACCAAGGCAAAAAAAAUUAUUCAGUGGAUUAAAAUGAAGACUAAUUUGGAAGCAAAGAACACUGUUAUUGGUGGAUAUUACCCCUAUCCACCAGUGCCAGAGACAUUUUCCAAGUAUAGUCGCUUUAUUAAAGCUGAGUCGCUCUUGACAACAAUAAGUGAAGUGAGGAAGGUGAUUGAAGACUUGCAGUAUAGGGAACAAAAGCGCAUUGCAAUUCAGGGGAUAAUUACUGCUAUAAAGUACAUCCCCUAUAACCACUCAGCGGGAAGUACCCCAGCACCAGAAGCACUUCAGAAUGCUAGCCAACCCUCAACAUCUCAAGCAGCUGGAAAAGACGAUCAUUGUCAUGAAAGAGGUAGUAAAAGAUCUCAGGAUGACAGACCAAUGAGUUCUCAGAAUUUUCAAUCUAUGUCUAUGGUUUUGAGUCUCUGUGCAAAAAGAAAAAUUCUUCAAGAUCCAAGUGCUAAACCGGUUCCUGUUCCUCAGCUCCAUUCUUCUGCACAAAUGAAAGGAAGCAAACACAACAUACGAAGUCGAGAAAAUUCAACUUCUAGUUCCUCAGGGAAGUCCAGAAGAAUCACAAAUGAGAGAUGGGAGAGUCGAAUGUGGCGAGAUAAGAAGUUUAGCUUGAGAGACCACCUAAAAUAUGGUCAUGUCGAUCCUGAAAGUAUUCCACGGAAAUUUAUUUUGGAGCAUGAGAAGUUUCUCACCCAGCAGUUUAAUUCUCAACCUGCAAAGUACAUACCACCAGAAGGAAAGCCCCCCAAACUCAAUGAAUUUCAGAGUGCCCGAAGCCUUGGACAUUUUGAAGUAACCAUCCUAGGUUUGAACCAUGAGAUUGCAAUUGAUGUUGCAUUUCUACCUAUGUAUUCUCCAGAAGAUGUUAAAACAUCUCAAAUAGACACAUUUUUGACCUGCAUGAAUUACAGCUGUGUAUACCCACCGGAAGCACCUGUCAGUGGAAGGGUGCCAGAUCCCAAGGCAGUUGCAGGUGAUAUUAUAAAGGCAGCAGCUGAUCUGGAUCGAGUCCACAUCAUUGGUAUCUUGGAUAUCUGUAAUUUGGGGAACAAUAAAGUGGAAGUCUGUUUGCAGAAAAUUUAUACUCCAGAAUAG